GCGGUGAAAAGGAGCCGGGGGUGCCCGAGCGCCGCCGCCGCCCGCCAUGAGGGCAGCGCUCGCCCCCGGGGUUCGCCUGCUCCGCGCCCUCCCCCGGGAAAGCCGCUAUCGGGGCCUGACUCUGGUACUGACCUUCCUCUCCUACACCAGCUACCACCUCUCCCGAAAACCCAUCAGCAUCGUCAAGAGCCAGCUGCACCCCAACUGCUCGGCCUUGGGGCCAAACCCCCACAAUGACUCCAACAGCACCACAUGGUGCUGCUGGGCCCCCUUUGAUGGGGACAACUACAAGGAACUUUUUGGGGCGCUGGAUAAUGCCUUCCUGGUGGCCUACGCCAUCGGGAUGUUUAUCAGCGGCAUUUUUGGGGAGCGCCUCCCUCUGCGCUACUACCUGUCGGGGGGAAUGGUGCUGAGCGGGCUCUUCACCGCCCUUUUUGGCCUCGGCUACUUCUGGAACAUCCACGUCCUCUGGUACUUCAUCGUUGUGCAGGUCUGCAAUGGGUUGGUGCAGACGACUGGCUGGCCUGCUGUCGUGGCUUGUGUUGGAAACUGGUUUGGCAAAGGAAAGAGAGGUUUGAUCAUGGGCAUCUGGAACUCGCACACCUCCGUCGGCAACAUCUUAGGGUCGCUCAUCGCCGGUGCCUGGGUUUCCUCUGCCUGGGGCCUGUCCUUUGUUGUGCCUGGCAUCAUCAUCGCCGUCGUGGGCAUCAUCUGCUUCUUCUUCCUCGUGGAGUAUCCUGAGGACGUUGACUGCAGUCCACCUCUGCAUCAUAUGGCCUCUGAUGAGGAUCCUGGAGGAGUGACCACCAGUGAGAAGGAUCCUGAAGCAGUCAUCUCCAAUGAGGGCCCACUCAGCCUCCCAGACCAGAGCAGUGUGAAUCGCUCCAACAGCCCCAAGGAGCCCGCUGAGGAGCCUGAAGCCAUCAGCUUCCUUGGGGCACUUCGGAUACCUGGUGUGGUGGAGUUCUCCCUGUGCCUGCUCUUUGCCAAGCUGGUGAGCUACACCUUCCUGUACUGGCUGCCCCUCUACAUUGUCAAUGUUGCUCAUUUCGGUGCCAAGGAAGCCGGGGACCUGUCGACCCUCUUUGAUGUUGGGGGUAUUUUAGGGGGGAUCUUCGCCGGCCUCAUCUCUGACUACACCGGCGGCAGAGCCACCACGUGCUGCGUGAUGCUGGUGGUCGCCGCUCCCAUGCUGUUCCUGUAUAACCACGUGGGUCAGAACGGCAUUGGCACAUCAAUAGCGAUGCUGAUCAUCUGCGGUGCUCUGGUUAACGGGCCCUACGCGCUCAUCACGACAGCGGUGUCGGCAGAUUUGGGAACCCACGAAUCUCUCAAAGGAAAUGCCAAAGCCCUUUCGACUGUCACGGCCAUCAUCGACGGCACGGGAUCCGUUGGUGCUGCGCUGGGGCCGCUGCUCGCGGGGCUCAUCUCUCCCACGGGCUGGAAUAAUGUCUUUUACAUGCUGAUAGCAGCCGACGUCCUGGCUUGUCUGCUCCUUGCCCGUGUGGUGGUCAAAGAGGCGCGUGGCUGGUGCGGCCCCAUGGCGAGGCAGAGAGGGUACGUAGUUACCACUCCGGGGCGGCCUCCGGUCCCGCAGUGCCCGAACACGGUGUCGGUGCUGCUGCAGAAAGAUGUUUGUUAUCCCUUGCUGUCGCUGCUGCAUCUUCGCGUGCCUGCCCCGUGUCUCGUUCCUGUGGCCUCAGAGACAUUUCCACCUCGAGCCAAGGCAGCGCCUGGGGGAUUUUAGCCGUCUGCACCUCAAAAAAAAACCCCACACUUGGGGUGCUAAACACAGCGUCCUUGUGUCUUUGUAGCUCUAGUGUGCAGCUAACAGAGUCAGUGAUGGAUGGGAAGUAGCUCGGUGUAAGUAUCUUCACUUGAGCCCUGAGGAUUAAACACAAACGCAAGCCUGAUUCGUUCUGAUUCUGAGUUUCGCUUUGCAGGCUCAGCCUAGAAGUAGCCACUCCCCCAAUCAUUUAGGGCCGAGAUCAAGAUUUGGGAAUCAAAAGAUCAAAUUGCAGUGGCUGGGGAAGAGUGCGGGAGG